AUGCGCUACUCUGAUGAACCAGACAAGCCGAGGGUCAGAGAAGGUGAGACGGUUGUUUGGGCGGUUGGCAAAUGGGGAGAAAAAAGAGCGGUGGCGUCGGCGACGGCAUCCAGUGAUUGUUUGCAGUCGGAUCCCUUGGGGUCAGUGUUCGGGUCGCGUUUACCACAACAGGCAGAGUCACCCGAUUACCCGGAGAUUCCUCUGCUCUUGACGGAGAUGGUACAGGCUCUACGCGCACGCGGUAUGGGCCUUGAGGGUAUCUGUCGUGUCCCAGGACGGGCCUCCAGGGUCCGAGAAAUCAUACAGCUGGCCAAUUCAAAUGUCAGUCAGCUGUGUUCUCGUCUGGAUUCAGACGAGGAGGCCUUUCAUGGUCGAGAAAUCUCGUCGGCAAUCAAGCGCUAUCUGGGUCUUUUGCCCGCAAGCCUACUGCAUGCUGACGCCUUCGCCUCGGUCAUGGUGGCUAAGGAUCUUGGUCGGUGUCUGCGGACGCCAGCUGGUCUGGCUCGGACCUUAGGUCGAUUGCAAGCAGGCCUUGCAUCUUCCUUUUACCCGUCCGGUUGCAAGGAGGCU